AUGAAUGAUUUUGAGCAUUAUCAAGCAAUUGUCCCACGAUUAUCAGAAUUACUUUUAGAUAAUUGUAUAUCAUCAUCUACAGAAACCAGAAAUAAGAUGCUUAUAUAUCAUAGGGCAUCGAUUUUAAUCAAUCAAAUAAAAAAAAUUAAGAAUCAAGAAGAGAUUUUUCCUGCACCUGAAGGAGAUUCUUUUGUUACACCUCAACAAAUGCAAUGCAUUUCACUUUUGAUCGAUUUUAUUCUUAAAAAUCCAGAAAUUUUAAUAGAAAUUAUUCUACAUGAACUAGAAAAAGAAAACGAUACGCAAAUUGCUUUAAUUUAUUCUUCCGUCAUCCCAUCCAUCUAUGGAUUCUAUUCAACUGCAGAACAUAUUAGUUAUGCGUUUCCAUUUUUUUGUUCAUUGAUCAUUUCAGUGAAUCGCGAGAUUGCUUUUUCAGCUUUAGUUCCAUUUUAUUGUUCUGCUUGUACAUAUAAAUUUACCGAAUAUUGUUUUGAUCAUUUUGUCACAAAAUUUGUCAACGAUGCCCGUAUUUUAACAAAGCAAAUUAGUAAUUCUAUAAUUGAUGAAUAUGUUUCCUUAUUUAUUCAUUCAUUAUCGGAAGCUUUUCCCCUACUCCCGCAUUCUCAUCAAUUUAUCCUACGUUUCAUGCAAAUAAAAGGCUAUCCUAUCAACGAAAUCAUACAAUUUUUCAUUCAUAGAUUUGCUGCCCCUCAAUUACAAAAAUUUUUACUUUCAACUCCACACAAGAACCAGCAUAAUAAGCUUUUUACGAUUAUCAAAGCUGUUGAUCCUCGUCUAGAUCUUUACCAGCCUCUCUUACAAGCAUUUUCUUCAAAAACAAUUUUUGAGAUUCCAUCUGCAUACCAAGCCUUUGACUUACCAUUCUUGCAGUUUAUUGUAUCAACUCAGGAUGCAGAUAUUUUAGUGCAAAACCUUGUUGAAAUCCAUAAACUGCCUAAUAUUCUCAGACAAUUUGUUACAAAUAACUACUUUUCUGAAAUAAAUCUGCAGCCUCUUAUUGUAAAGGUAUAUAUACGCAAGCCAAAGCCUGUAGAGCAGUCAUACAACUGGAGGAGAGUUGUUUUUGACAACUUCAAAACAAAAAAAUUAGAAGAUAAUGAUUUAUUUCAGAGGUACUUUUUGCAGAUUCAGUCUGAAGUAGAAGAUUUCAAAGAAAACCCUUCAAUCUUCUUAAAAAGUGAAAAUUUGCUGCCAAGCGAAUAUUUUAAAAGGGAACAAAUAAAAAAGAUAUUGUCAGAGAAAUAUGAUAUGUUUGUUGAUUAUUCAAUCAACUUAACUGUAAAUGAACUCAUCGAAAGGUCAAAACUUUUUGAAAAUUACCUUGUUCACAGUUUGGCCUUGAAAACGCUUAAAUCAUGGUCAAAAUUAAUAGAAGAGUGUUUGAAAGUAUCAGCAUUUCCAGUAAUUGAAGAAAAUGUGAGCGCUGUCAUUAAAUCUUUUUCGUUGAGACAAUUAUUCAAAAAUUCUAUUUUAAUAGACAAGGCAAUUGAUGUUUCAGCAUUUUGUAUUCAGGAAUUCUCAAACAAACCACUUCAGGUUAUGAUCUUAAUUGAAAAUUUUCUUUGUUAUAUAAUUGGACCAAAAACUGCUAUAAUAAUCAAAUCUGUAGAGACAAGAUGGCAAAAGCAUGUUGUUGAAAUGCGUCCCAGUAUAAAAUUGCCUCAUGAAUUUACAGAUAAAAAAUAUAAUAUGAACAAAACAUUGUUAUUGAAUGAGAAGCUAUGGAAGAUUGUUGCUAUGUUUAAUUCUAUAUCAACAAUCCCUUUUUCUAUGUCUUAUUUCGUUUUUCUUGAUUGUAUCAAAGAAAUAGAAGAUUUAGAAUCGUUUAUUAGUGCAGAUAAUAAUGAUUCUAUCACGAAGUUUGCUCUUGCAUUUGCGGAUUCGAGACAGAUGAUUUCAAGAUUUAUCAUUAUUAACUCAAUCUUCGUCAAAACAGACAGAUAUAAAAAUAUAUAUAAUAAAUGCAGUCGUGACCCACUACUUUGGUGUAGAUUGGAAUCGGCAAUCCUUGAUAUGAUAUCAACAGACACUAAUUUCAUUAGUGAUGUCCUUUCAUUUCAAGAAUUACUUAUUGACUCAAAGUUUAUUUGA